CCGAAUACACCUGGGAACUCAGUUUACUUUAGCCAGCUUUUUAGAGCUGCUGUUUCCCAAACACUGCUUUCUCAAAGUCACAUGGGGGUAUACGGCUACUCCUAGUUAUGGAUCCAGGACUAUCCUCAUCCAGCAACGUCUCUCCAGGGCCUGGGCCGCAAAGCAAUCGAAAAGAACGCGGUGCCAUUGCAGCGCAGGCUUGUGAGACGUGUCGCAACCGAAAACAAAGAUGUGAUGAACAAAGACCAAAGUGUGGCACAUGCCAGAGAUUCAAGCUCGACUGCCGAUACCGAGAACCCCAACCAACAAAGAAGGAUAAGACUCUGGUUGAGAUUCUAGACCGACUCAAGACUGUCGAAAGUAAGCUUGACAAUUUGGGUCAAAGGGAAAAUACGACUCCUCCCCUCUUCACCACCCCUCAACCUCCAGCCGUUUAUUCCACCAACACGCCGUUACUGGUGGAUCCCGACUCCCACGAUCCUCUUCCAGGCACAUCCUUACCUAACCAUCCUACAAGUCCAUCGCCCAACCGUGAUACAGGCGGCUUUCGCUAUGACUCGUCUGUGUCUAAGAUGUCAGAAUGGCCCGUUGUGCGCCAGAUGUUCGAAAGCCUUGGCCAGAAGGCUCCAUCCGCCAUGGGUGAGAUUCCUGCACUUCCGAGAGGACUUCGCGCCUCAAACGUUACCCUGCCAUCCGAUGGACUGCAGCCGGUCGGAAUCCCAAGUAACAGCACCCUGCAGAUACCCCUGCAUCUCUCAGGCUCUACCUCGACCCUCAACCUUAGCCCCCCAAGUGUGGACUGGGAGACCAUGCAAAGACUUAGCAAGGCUUAUUUCGACGUCAUCAACAUGCUUCAUCCUAUCUUGGACAGACAGUGGUUCAACUCAAACGUACUGAGUUCAAUCAUCAAUAAUGGAUUUCAAGAAGGAGCACUUUCAUCCCUUGUACUACUUGUCUUUGCCCUUGGAGAGGUGGCGCUCACCACAUCAGAAGUGCCAAUCUCGGCUUACAAGCAGCGACCAUCUGGAAUUAAGGGAGGAACUAUCGAUCGGCCACCUGGUCUUGCUUAUUUCAAUGAGGCACGGAAAAGGAUGGGGUUUGGAAUAAGCGAAGUCAGCCUCGAAAACGUGCAGAUGUUGGCACUUGCCUCGCUCUACUACUCAAGCUGCGGACAAGCUCUAGAAUGCUGGAGGAUGAGUGUGUAUGCGUCUCUGGCCUGCCAGGGUCUGAUAACGAGCAAACCCGACGAGUUACACGGCCCCCGAACAGAUCUGGUCAAACGAGUCUUCUGGCACUGCUCGAUCAUGGAAACGUGCUUCCACAUGGAGUUUGGACUACCCCUGACUGGGCUAGAAAAGCUGGAGGAAACGAUUGGCCUCCCUGACUUUAGUGGACCGAUGACUGACGAGGACUAUAUCGUCAAUCAACAAACACACUUUCAUGAGCAUUUCGCCUCUCAAAUCGUGCUCCGAAGGCUCUCUGCCAAUUUCCAUUCUGUUCUCAACAAGACCUUUGGCAAAGAUGCUUCUCUGCCCCUUGCGGGGUUCGCUCCUUUCAAUAUCUCUUCAAGUCCCGGGACCGCAGCUGUUAUGAAACAACUUGACGCACAGCUAGACCAGUGGAGGGGCAUGCUACCCAGCCAUCUAAGGUGGCAGGAUAACCAGGAUGUAGCCUUCGCGGAGCCUUCACAUAAUGCCUUUGGUGAAGUAUAUACGGAAGAAUCUCUCCAGAGCAAUUACAUGUUCACGCCGGAUCUUGACACUCCACCAGCCACGUAUCCGUUCGCGGCCGACAUACAAACCGCACUUCUUCGAACACGAUACAGCUACAACAAACACCUCAUACACAGGCCCUGCGUUUUCAAAGCUCUUCAUCACCCUGAGAGCAUGACUCGAGAAGAUGCUGAAGCAUCCCAUGUUGAAUCGGAUACGAUCGUCGCUUUGCGGGCAACGCUUCGAUAUCGAAGCCUCCCAAACUGUCACAGCAUACAUAGACUGGCUACGCGACAUGAAAAAGAUAGAAUCAACGGCGAACUGGUGCUGGAAUAUCGCUCGCUUGGUCUAUCAAUUGGACGAUUAGAUGAAACGAGGCAAGGUGUUGACAUACCUCCCCUUAUGAUUACAGCCGUGGGAGCGGGGCUGGGUGAUAGAUUUUGGCGAUACGGCUGCGAAACGAAGCAUAGCAUGAUUACUUGGACGCUAGGAGUCGAGCGAAUCUCCCCAUGGUCUGAUCGAAUUGAUUAUGCAAGUCCAUGCAAGAAGACUAUAGAGAGGUUCAUGGGAAUUGUGUUGAUCACAUUCAAGGAAGAGUUGGGAAGGAUUUAG